AUGAGGGUGAAUAUUCGGGGGGCAAAACCCGCCUCGAACGACAGUCCACUCAUUGCUCUUCAGAAUAUUUCGGCACUCAGGCUGAACCUCGGAGAUAUACCAGCUCCUUCAAUAGUACGUCCUCCCAAAGUGAAACCGCCAACUGACUUCCUCCCAGCCCUAAUGAGUCGCAGGAACCAACGCCUAAAGCCAAAUGAAUUUCGAAACUUUCAAAGCCAUAAGGUGAAAAUUGUGUCCGUGUCUUACUUUCCAUUCGUCGACUACGGCAAGGACAUGAACCAGAGCGGCACCAUCGUCACCUUGAAGGACUCCCUCGAUGGUCGACUCAUCAAUACCUUUGCAAAAAAGUUCAACUUCACGUAUGUAGUCCACGAGGAGCCAUUUAAAGCAUUUGGAUUAGCAAGCAACGGAAAAUUUGAUGGCAUGAUGGGUCAGCUGCAGCGCGAAAUCUCUGAUUUCUGCACGAUCGCAGGUCCUUCUUCCGACCGUCUCAAAGUCAUGGAUUUCCUUCGUGGUUACCCAUCUGACCCUUUAACAGUAAUAUCUCUGAAGCCCUCCUUUCUGCCUCGACACCUCGCCUUCAUUAGACCAUUUUCAGUUGAAGUCUGGCUAACCACUGGGGUUGGCGUGAUAAUUUGGGGAGUUACUCUAUGGGUGCUGCAUCUGCUUGGGUGCUUUCUGAGAAGGAGACGAAGUUUUCAGUUCAUCACGGCUCUGUUCUACGGAUGGGGGGCUCUUCUGGAGCAGCCGCCCGCAGACCCCUCUACUAGUAUAUCAGAGCAGACCCUAGUGGGAUGGUGGCUUGUGUUUUGCCUCAUCAUCUCGACGGCCUUCCGGUCCUCCCUGAUCUCACACCUGACUGUCCAAGGCACCCUAAGCCCCAUAGAAACUCUGGAGGAUUUGACGAAAGCAAACAACUGGAGAUGGGGUACAGAACCUUGGCUAAUGAACGGCGUUCCUCGACACUAUUUUUCAAAGCACACUGAUCCGGUUGUGAAGAAAAUAUACGCACAUAUGGAGGUUGUUGAUGCUCCUGCCGGACUGAAGGAAGUACAGAAGGGUGGAUUCUCGUUAAUAGAUUUUGAAAAAUAUAUCAGCAUUAUCAUCGAGUCUCGGUACACAGACGCACAAGGCCGCACACCCUUCUACGUGAGCAAACAAGGGUUCAGACAUGUAAUAGCCUUUGGAUGGUGUUUCAGGAAAGGAGCGCCUUACUUCUCUCGAUUCAGUGAUAUGAUGAUUCGCCUAGACGCUGCCGGAAUCAUUAGCUAUUGGACGAAAGAUGUGGUAGCCCAAAGAGUGAGAGCGAACAGACUGAAGGAAAAUCCUGAUCCUGAUACUCGUUAUGACCUUGAUACAUAUAAGCAAGGAUUAAGUGAAGUUGUCCUGGGUCUUGAUCACCUGCAAGGUGCUUUCUACUUGUUGCUCCUGGGAUUUGUCUUUGCUUUCCUUGCCUUGAUGACUGAAAAGUGGAUGGAGGAACGAACCACAAAUGAAAUUUAA